AUGCACACUUCCUCCGAUUCGAAUCGGAGUAAUCACGCUAGUGGUGAUGGUGAAGUGUAUCCAGAACUCUUUAUUUCUAUUGCGUUGACGUCAGUCGAAAAGACUCGUAGUAAAAGUGGUGUUUCGAGUACACAAGAAAUUGACCCUCCUUCGGAAAUUCUAGACCUGAAUAUGCUUGUGAUAAUAUGCAGUUCUAUUCCCCUUAUAAUUUGUUUGCUCGCUUUUAUCUGCAUAUUGUUUAAAAGACACAGUUUUCCGAUAAACCCAGAAGUUAAGGAAAAAUGGAUUUUGGCAACAGGGAAAAAAAAUUGGUUUCCUUCUAAACAUAGCAAAAUAUGUUCAGCACAUUUUCAAGAACAGGAUUUUAAUCCUACAAGAAAACGCCGUGUUCUUUUGGAUCAUGCUUAUCCGACUAUUCACGUUUGGACAACUUCUGAAAAUGUAUCAGAUAUCCAAGUUAACGUAACACCAUCAAAAUCUCCGUCACCUUCUAUGUCAUCCAAAUCUAUUAAGCGAGCGAUACAGUUAGAUCCGGACAUAAUGGAAACUCCCAGAAAACGAAAAAUGCAACGUAUUAUAAACGAAAAGGAAAAUGUUAUAAAAACUCAACGAUCGAAAAUAAAAUGUUUACAAGAAACAAGUUUCCAAAAUUACACAGAAUCCGAAGAUAGUGAUGGCACUUCAAAAGCCACAGUAACCAUUAUAGAACAGAGAAACAUAAUUUAA